AUGGGUAUCGACCUCGUCGCCGGCGGCCGCAACAAGAGGACCAAGCGCACGGCGCCCAAAUCGGACGAUGUGUACCUCAAGCUGCUCGUCAAGCUCUACCGCUUCCUGGUCCGGAGGACCAAGAGCCAGUUCAACGCCGUGAUCCUGAAGCGCCUCUUCAUGAGCAAGACCAACCGCCCCCCGCUCUCGAUGCGCCGCCUCGUCAGGUUCAUGGAGGGGAAGGAGGAGGACAAGAUCGCUGUGAUAGUGGGCACCAUCACCGAUGACCAGAGGGUCUACGAGAUACCGGCAAUGAAGGUGGCCGCGCUCAGGUUCACCGAGACGGCGAGGGCCAGGAUUGUCAAUGCCGGUGGCGAGUGCCUUACCUUUGACCAGCUCGCGCUCCGUGCUCCGCUUGGACAGAACACGCUUCUCCUGAGGGGUCCCAAGAACGCCAGGGAGGCUGUUAGGCACUUUGGCAAGGCUCCAGGAGUGCCACACAGCCACACCAAGCCAUAUGUCCGCUCCAAGGGCAGGAAAUUCGAGAAGGCAAGAGGAAGGAGGAACAGCAGGGGCUUCAAGGUUUAA